CUGACGCAUUUGCCAUGUUACAAAAACGGUGCAUACGUAAAUUCAAGGAUUUCACAAUGACCAGCACGAGAGCAAACCGGGAUAAUUAUAGACUCGAACCAAGCUAACGGAGCCUCAGCCGGUUGUUCAUGUUUAUGCUACAAUAGUCUGAUUUGUAGGUACCGUCGUUGGGAAUCGCGAUGUCGGCGAAAAGGGGCGCCGCCGUAUGGAGGAAAAUCGUGAAUUUCAGCAAGCGGUACCCAAUCAGCAGAGGCAUGGCAUCUUAUGCGGUCAUAUGGCCGAUCGGAAGCCUCGUUCAGCAGCACAUCGAAGGCAGGAAGGAGUACGACUUAUGGCGUGUCGGCAGGUUCUGCCUUUAUGGAUCUUGCUAUGUCGCCCCCACACUCAACAUAUGGAUGAAAAUUGCUAGGUUCAUGUGGCCCCAAAACACCUUUUCCGCCGCCCUUUCAAAGGCUCUCAUAGAACAAGUGACGUACACUCCAUUUGCCAUGAUAAGCUUCUAUUUUUUAAUGUCAUUACUCGAAGGAAAAACGACUGACCAAGCGAAGGAAGAAGUUUCUGAUAAGUUUUUACCGACAUACAAGGUCGGUGUAUGCGUUUGGCCAGUUCUACAAACAGUCAAUUAUACAAUGAUCUCUGAAAAAAAUCGGGUACCAUUUGUCAGCAUUUGCAGUCUGGCCUGGACGACGUUUCUUGCCUAUAUGAAACACCUUGAAGGUUCUCAUUUUAAACAACCUAUUCCUAUCCCUUCACAUCAUGAUAAAAAAUAACAUAUUUUUGUUGUUGUUAGCAAAUUUUUUUAGUCAAAAAUAAUUCUGUUUAUAUAUAUAUUUUUUAAAUUUGUAAGUGCCGAUUUGAUAUUCUGUAAAUAAUAGUCGUACAAAGAGAACAAAUAUUUUUGUAUAGAUGUUAGGUUAAACUACAUAAGUUUAGAGCUUUAAAAAUGUGAUCAUUACCAAAGGUAAAUAAAUGUACAUUUUAAAUUGUA